ACUGCCAACAACACUGCCAACAACAGUGUAACCAACACUGCGACCAACACUGCCAACAACACUGCAAACAAUACCACCAACAACACCACAACCAACACUGUGACCAACACUGCGACCAACUCUGCCAACAACACCGCCAGCAACACUGCAACCAACACUGUGACCAACACCACCAACAACACUGAAACCAACACUGCGACCAACACCGCCAACAACACCACAACCAACACCGCCAACAACAGCAAAACCAACACUGCAACCAACACCGCCAACAACACUGCGACCAACACUGCCAACAACACCACAACCAACACCGCAACCAACGCUGUGACCAACACUGCAAUCAAUACCGCUACCACCACCACCACUGCAACCAAUGCCAACACUGUGACCAACACCGUGGCCAACACCGCAACCAACACCACCAACACCGUUGUGACCAAUGUUGUGACCAUCACCAACACCUCAACCAACACCAACACCGCCACCAACACCACAUCCAACACCUCCACCAACACAACCAACACUGCCAACAACACUGUGACCAACACCACAACCAACACCACAACCAACACUGUGACCAACAAACACUGCAACCAACACUGCAACCAUGCUGUGACCAACACCGCAACCAACACAUCCAACACCUCCAACACCACAAACAACACUGUGACCAACACCGCAACCAACACAUCCAACACCUCCAACAGCACAACCAACACUGCGACCAACACCGCAACCAACACCACCACCACUGCAACCAACACCACAUCCAACACUUCCACCACCACCACAACCACCACCACCACCACUGCCAACAACAUUGCGACCAACACCGCAACCAACACAUCCAACACCUCCAACACCACAACCAACACUGCGACCAACACUGCAACCAACACAUCCAACACCUCCAACACCACAACCAACACUGCGACCAACACCGCAACCAACACAUCCAACACCUCCAACACCACAACCAACAUUGCGACCAACACCACAACCAAGACAUCCAACACCUCCACCAACACCACAACCAACAAUGUGACCAACACUGCAACCAACACAUCCAACACCUCCAACACCUCAAUCAACACUGCGACCAACACCUCCACCAACACAUCCAACACCUCCACCAACACCACAUCCAACACUUCCAUCAACACCACAACCACCACCACCAACACUGCGACCAACACUGCGACCAACACAUCCAACACCUCCAACACCUCAACCACCACUACAACCAACACAUCCAACACCUCCACCACAACCACCACCACUGCGACCAACACUGUGACCAACACAUCCAACACCACCACCGCCGCCGUCCACCCCCAGCACAGCAGCCCACAACAGCGGCGUCACCGCAGCCCACAUGAAACACCGACGGCAAAACAUCCACCGUGGCUGACCGAGAGCCAGCAGCGUGUCCUGGUGGCCAAGAACACCAGUGGUGUCCUGGUUAACCAGCAGCUGAUUGAGAGCCAGCCGUGUGUCCUGGUGGCCAAGAAGACCAAUGGUGUCCUGGUUAACCAAAAGCUGACCAGCAGUUGA